GGCACAUCGAAGGAAUUACAACAGAAAUUUUUGAUGAAAACAACGCCUACUACAGUGGUAUGUCUUCCGAUCCGAUGGAUGAAAAGCGAGCGAUUGGGAAAAUGAGUAAACAGCGAAAACCUUCAUUCGAUUACGCAGCAACCAAACGUUGGAGUAAAUCGCCUCGCCAGCUGCCACUCGCCAGCACAAGAACGACUGAUAUUAUCGUGUUAUUCGUGAUAGCCUUUCUGGCCGUCAUGGCUACAACCAGUACAGAUGCUUCCAACUACUUUGACAUCCAAGGACCUAAUUUCUCGCAUGAACCGCCAUCGUGCAUUGAAUUCACCAACAAUGCUGGCAGCAUUGCCGAUUGCAUAGCGCAUGAUAAUCCACCGGUGAAUGUCGAAUGGCUAGACAAGGACAAUAAUCCCAUCACCUUGAUAUCAAAGGAUUAA